AAUUUAUGGUAAUGUCAUUGGGGCGAUUCAGUCGGCUAUUCUUGUCCAUCGGCAUAAUUUAUGGGUCAUACAAUUGUAACCACUAGCUUUCACCCAAAAAAAAGAACAUUGAUCUCUCUUCCUAUUAAUUUGUUUUGAGAGACGUGAGCAUCUCUUAGUUCCUUAAAGAGCUCAGCUCAUUUUCAUCCAUUGCCAACAAAAUCAACAUGAAUAUGCAAGCAAACAAGGAAGUAGAACGUAGAAAUGCACAAGGUCAAGUGGAGAAGAGAGUGGAGACAGUAGACUAUCGAUCAUCGGUGGGGCAAGGCCUAGAAAAGAGAAAUGUGCAAGUAGUCCAUCUCCCUCAUUCCUCAACGGAAAACUUUGCCACCAGCGGUGGUGUCCUCGCCGGAGCGGCAGCAGCGGUUGCCAACACCCUCCAAUCUGCCAAGGAAGCCAUCUCUCGCAAAUAAAACCCAUAUACAUAUAUAUAUAUAUAUCCUUUACAUUUCACAAAAUCCCAUCUUCAAACUAAAUCAAAUCUAAAGAAUUAAUAGUACUUCACUUUUUUUCCAACUUUCUACUAUGUAAUCAAAUAACAAUUCUACAUAGUUUGUGCCUAUUGCUUACAAUAUAUAUCUGCUUAGAAAUGGGAACACGGAAUUCUUCUUCUUC